AUGGUCGACUUUAUCACUCCUGCCAUGAAAAGGGGCCAGAAGAUGCCAGUUUCUUUCCUGUCCAGUGCCGCUAAAGGAAAGGACGCUGCGUGCGGGCCCCGAGAUGGGAAGAGCCUCUUGAGCGGGCUGGCGUCUGGGGAGUCCAGCUGGUCGCAGCACCGACAGCGGCGCCUGCAGGACCACGGCAAAGAGAGGAAGGAGCUCUUCUCUAUGACUUUGCAGAGCGCAGAGAAGAAGGCCGAGGCUAGUGGCCCAGAGGCCGAGCCCUGCCCAGAGCUCCGCGUGGAGGCGCUGGAGACGCUGACGCGGGCUUCUGCAGCGGGUGCCGAGGGCGGAGGGGCCCGCCCCGAGCAGCCGUUCAUUGUGCUGGGGCAGGAGGAGUACGGGGAGCACCACUCCUCCAUCAUGCACUGCAGAGUGGACUGCUCGGGGAGGAGGGUCGCCAGCUUAGACGUAGAUGGGGUCAUCAAAGUGUGGUCCUUCAACCCCAUCAUGCAGACCAAAGCGUCUUCCAUUUCCAAGUCGCCGCUGCUGUCCCUGGAGUGGGCCACCAAGCGGGACAGGCUGCUCUUGCUGGGCAGUGGUGUGGGGACGGUGCGUCUUUAUGACACGGAAGCCAAGAAGAAUCUGUGUGAGAUCAGCAUCAAUGAUGAUAUGCCCAGAAUCCUGUCGCUUGCCUGCAGCCCCAACGGGGCCUCCUUCGUCUGUUCGGCCGCCGCUCCGAGCCUCGCUUCCCAGGUGGACUUCUCAGCUCCAGAUAUUGGCAGCAAGGCUACUAACCAGGUUCCCGGCAAGCUGCUGCUGUGGGACACGAAAACCAUGAAGCAGCAGGUGCAGGCCCUGCCCCUGGGGGUCUCCCCGUGGGUCUGUGUGGGGUCCCGCUCCUGCGGUAGCGCUGUCUUUCUGAUGAGCCUCAUCCUCUCUUUGCUUCGGUCUCCUCAGAUUUCAGUAUACGUGCUGCCGAAGCGAGCACUAGUCUCCUCAGAUUUCAGCUGGUGAAGCAGGUUCAAAGUUGAAGUGUUGAAAAGUAGUAACGCUCCCGUUGGGCAGGUUGCUAGCAACUGAAGUCAUCCAGAAUUGUGCCACAGACUUAGAAGUCACACACAGCCUAUCAGAGCGCCCUUGUGGUUUAUUAGAAGUUUUUUAAAUUUAAUUUUGUUUAUAUUGAAAGGCUUUGAACAUUUUUUUUGAGCAGUUCUGGUUCACGUCAAGAUUGGGAGGAGGGUCCAGAGAUCUCCCAUUUACCCCCUGCUGGGCCCCCCAGCAGAGCGGCACCCUGGUUACAACAGAGGCCCCCCCAGUGACACAGCUGAUCACCUCAUGCUCCCAGCCUGCCUUUGGGCUCUGUCUUGGUGUCGUACACUGUCUGGGUUCGGACAAAUGUAUGAGGACGUGUAUCCACCAUUACGGUACCACACAGGCCGUUCUCACUAAAAGCAGCCUGAAGAUCCUCUGUGCUCCUGCUCAUCCCCCCUGCCCCUCAGACCUUGGCAACUGCCGGUCUUUAUACUGUCUCCAUAGCUUUGCUUUCUCCGUCACAUCGUGAAGUUGGAAUCUUACAACGUGGUCAGAUUGGCUUCUUUCACUUUGUGUUACGCAAUCAAGCGGCUUGUUUUUUAGGAGACAAGUGGAGUCUCUGACUCCCCAUUAACGUAGCGUUGCAUGAAGUUGCCAGCAGCAGCUGGAGGUAGUGGGGACAUGUGCAGGUUCUUGAGAAGUGACAGCCAUGCGGAAGCUGGCUCGCGGGGCCACCUGGCCCACCUGCCUCGGGAGCCCAGGACUACCCACCUACCAUGGCAGGUGCUUGCUGCUGUGACCCUCAGCCCCCAGAGAGAGAAAUGACAUGUAAACGCACACAUUUAGAAGGCAGUGAUGUUUCUUU